AUGGCAGCCGCGGUAAAAGAAACGGUCAGCAAUCUGUUGGAGAAGCUACACCCCGCCGGAGAGACGACCGUACCCCGCCGACAGCCCAGCGAUGAUGAAAUUAAGACCCUGCGAUCCAAGUACGAAGAAGCAGGCCAGGGACAUGUCUUCGCCUUCUGGGACAGCCUAGCUACCUCUGAGAGAGCUGAACUUUUCGCCCAGCUUGAGGCCAUGAACCCCGCUCGCAUCAAUGAGAUCAGAGACAAAACCCUACACCCUCCCGCACAAACUGCUGCUGAGAAAGAGCCCAGCAUCGAGCAGCUUCCCGAAUCUGCAAAUGCUUCAAUUCUACUUUCUGAGGCUCAGGACCUUGAGCGUUGGUACGAACAGGGUCUGAAACUGAUCGCUGAGAACAAGGUGGCUGUGGUCCUUAUGGCUGGUGGCCAAGGCACCCGGCUAGGCAGCUCAGCGCCCAAGGGAUGUUUCGAUAUCGGCCUCCCAAGCGGAAAGUCACUAUUCCAAAUUCAAGCCGAACGAAUCUGGAAGAUCCAGCGCCUAGCCCAACGAAAGCACGGAAAGGAGAGCGUAGUAGUGCCAUGGUACGUCAUGACCAGCGGGCCUACGAGAGGACCUACCGAGAAGUUCUUUCAAGAACACAAUUACUUUGGUUUGGACAAGAACAAUGUAUUCGUCUUCGAGCAGGGUGUGCUCCCUUGUAUCUCAAACGACGGCAAGAUUCUCUUGGAGAGCAAGUCAAAGAUUGCUGUCGCACCUGACGGCAACGGUGGUAUAUAUCAAGCGCUCGUUACAUCGUCGGUGAUUGAUGACAUGAAAAAACGCGGUAUCGAGCACGUUCAUGCCUACUGUGUGGAUAACUCCCUGGUCAAGGUCGCAGACCCUGUCUUCAUUGGCUUUUCUGCCGCUAAAGACGUCGACAUUGCUACCAAAGUGGUACGAAAGCGAAGUGCCAACGAGCCCGUUGGUUUAAUUUUGCUGCGAAACGGCAAGCCUGAUGUCGUGGAAUACUCGGAGAUCGACAAGAAGCUGGCGGAGCAAAUGGACCCUCAUCAUCCCGAUCUCCUGAAAUUCCGCGCCGCCAACAUUGUGAACCAUUACUAUUCGUUCCGCUUCCUCUCUACCAUUCCUGAGUGGGCUCACCAUCUCCCGCACCAUGUCGCGCGCAAGAAGAUUCCUUAUGUCGAUGACAAGAGUGGCGAGACGGUGAAGCCGGAGAAGCCCAACGGCAUCAAGCUUGAACAAUUCGUCUUUGACGUUUUCCCGCGCCUUCCACUAGACAAGUUCGCCUGCAUGGAAGUUCGCCGUGAGGACGAAUUCUCACCUCUGAAGAAUGCCAAAGGUACCGGCGAGGAUGAUCCGGACACGAGCCGACGGGACAUUCUUGCUCAAGGCCAGAAGUGGGUGCAGGCUGCCGGAGCCGUUGUGACCAGCGAGAACGAGGAGACCGGUGUCGAGGUCUCUCCUCUCAUCAGCUAUGGUGGCGAGGGCCUCGAGUUUGUGCAGGGUCGGACAAUCAAGGCGCCAGCAGUGAUUGAAAAAGAAGAAUAA